AUGCCCAUCAACCAGCCUUCCAAUCAAAUAAAGCUCACGAACGUCUCCGUCGUCCGCCUCAAAAAGGGUGGAAAGCGGUUCGAGAUCGCAUGCUACAAGAACAAGGUCCAAGAAUGGCGCAACGGCGUCGAGAGCGAUCUGGAUGACGUGCUCCAGAUCAGCAACGUCUUCGUCAACGUCUCCAAGGGCGAGGUUGCAAAGGCGGGCGACCUCAAAAAAGCCUUCGGCACCGCCGACACCGCCGCGGUAGUCAAAGAGAUCCUCUCCAAGGGCGACCUCCAGGUCGGCGAGAAGGAGCGCGACCACGACCUCUCCGCCCUCCGCCGCGAGAUCGCCACCCUCGUCGCCGAGAAAUGCGUCGACCCCGCGACACAGGCGCCCUACUCCGUCAGCAUCAUCGAAAAGGCGAUGACCGAGGCCGGCUACAGCGUGCGCCCCGGCAAGAACGCAAAGUCCCAGGUCUCCGAGUGCAUCAAGCUCCUCCAGUCCGACUCCACCCUCCCCAUCCAGCGCGCACGCAUGCGCGUCCGCGCGACCCUCCCCGCCGCCGACGCCCCCAAGCUACGCGCCCAGAUCCUCGCGUGCGCAGAGACCGUCGAGCGCGAAGACGCCCCCGCGGAGCAGCAACAAGAGUGGUCCGCCACGCUCCUCAUCGACCCCGCCAACUUCCGCGUGCUCACCGAGCUGCUCAACAAGGAGUGCAAGGGUCGCGGCCGCAUCGAGACCAUCGCCUUCGCCGCGACCGCCACGUCCGGCCACUGA